AUGUACAAGGGGUUCGCCUCCAGGCCUGCCCAGCAGCGGAAGGCCACGCCAGCAGACGCCCUGCAGAACACGCUAGCAGGCUUGUCGGCCAACGUGGGGCGCGUGCCGCAGGGCACCAACGUCAUCCUGGACACCACUAGCGACGAGGACAAGUGGCGGGAGCUCGACCUGCAGGUGAACGAGUACCCGGGCCAGCGCACCUUCAAGGCCAUCGGCACCGGCAACCAGGACUUUGUGGUGGCGAUGACCGCCUGUGUCGAGCAGGUGGUGGGCAAGGUGCACGAGGAGUGCAUCAGUCAACGGCUGUCGGCCAAGGGCAACUACAUCUCGGUCACGGUUGGGCCAGUGUGGGUCGAGACACCCGAUCAGAUGCUCCAAAUUUACGAGAACAUGAAGGCGGAUGGGCGGCUGCGCUUCUUCUUCUGA